CGUGAGAUCCUUUUCGUUUUUCUCUUUCUGACAUUAUUUCGUUCAGCAUGGGUCACGAUAUCCUGGUCGAUAUGCCUCCCGAGAACGAGAAGAGUGCUCGAGUCCAGAUCUCACCUGUGAGCCCAGGAGCGGAAGACACCAAGAUGCAUAUCGGACGGAGAAGAACAGACCCUCUUAAGUCUACAUCAAGAGAAGUUGGAUAUGACGGGGAGCAAAACACUCUCAAUACACUUGGGAAAAUGUAUACGCGGAUUCGAGACUUUAACGUCAUCACGCGCAACAUCAUCUACAUUGUACCAGUUGCGAUCUUGCUCGCUAUCCCGCUUGUUAUUUUUGCAACAGCUGCAAAAGAAGCACGGGCCGGAGGUGUUAGAUUGCUUGGACUCUUCAUCUGGAUUCAAGUAAUGUGGUGGUCCUUCUGGCUCACCAAGGCGAUCGCUCAGACAAUGCCAUUCAUAUUCCAGUUCCUGGUUGGCUUCGUUAGCUCGGGGACACGAAAAUAUCGACUAUUGAUCAAGGCAAUGGAAAUUCCAAUUGCUUUUAUGCUUUGGACCAUAGUUAGCUACUUUACCGUACCUCUGAUCACUGUCUUUGACCAGGAGAAACACAACAGGGUACAAUGGGUCAGGACAUUCCAGCGGUUCCUGCUGGCUUCCGUGGCUGUCGCUGCGCUUUUCGUAGCACAGAAGCUGAUUGUCCAGCUCAUCACCGUCAACUAUCACCGGAGGCAGUUCAAUGCACGAGUUAACGACUCUAAGCUAAAGGUUAGAAUGCUCGAUGGCCUGCUUGAGGCGUCUCUUAAGAUGUUUCCGCUCAACACACAUCCAUUUGAAAGGGAAGAUUUUGAAAUCAUGACUGGUAUUGAUGCCGCCCAACAAGAAAUAUCAAGCACCAAAGUUGUUGGAGGACUAGCUAUGUACACGGAGCUGCUCCAAUCGACUGUUGGCAACAUAACAAGUGAGAUUACGGGAGCACGUUCAAAACAAAGCAGUGUUAUCCACAAUCUGGUCGUUGAGGCACUUGAAUCGAAGAGAUCAUCUAGAGCACUUGGUGCACGCCUAUGGCAAUCUUUUGUCAUGGAGGGCAAAGAUGCUUUAUUCAGAUCGGAUGUUGAGGAGAUUCUUGGAGAAGCUCGAAAAGAGGAAGCUAACGAAAUCUUCAACCUCCUCGACCAGGACAACAACGGGGAUGUGAGCUUAGAUGAAAUGGUCAUGGCUACUUUAGAGAUAAGUCGCGAACGAAAGGCCAUCGCAGCGAGCAUGCAUGAUGUUGGUCAAGCAGUCAGGGUCCUGGAUCGGUUUUUGUUCCUGGUUGCACUUAUUUUGCUUGGAAUCGUUUACGCUGCUUUCUUUUCCGAAUCUUUUGCCAAGUACAUGUUUACAAUUGGGACUCAGCUUGCGGCAAUCUCUUUCGCGAUAGCCACUACGGUACAGGAAUUUCUCGGCUCCUGUAUCUUCGUUUUUGUGAAACAUCCUUACGAUGUUGGUGACAUGGUUGUGAUCAAUGAUGUACGAAUGAUCGUCGAACAUAUUUCUCUACUCUAUAGCACUUUCAAGCGCGUCGAUAACAGUCGCAUGAUCCAGAUCCCGAACAUUAUCAACAACAACAAUUGGAUAGACAACGUAACUCGCAGCAAGCAGAUGAAGGAGCAGAUCGAUAUUAGCGUCAACGCUGAAACUAGCUUUGCGGACAUUGAAGUUUUCAAAAUGGAGCUUGCUACUUUCUUAGCGCUUGAUGAGAACAAGAGAGAUUUUCACAACGAUGUUGAAUUACAAAUCACCCAAUGCAAGGAUUUGAAGCAGAUCGACAUGACCAUCGGAGUCUCUCAUAAGUCUAACUGGGCCAACGAAGAACUCCGCCUUACGCGCCGCAACAAGCUCAUGACCGCCAUCCUAUCUUGCCUUCGCUGCGUGCCAAUCUAUCCUGUGGGCUCUGACAAACCAUUGGCUAUCCAUAGACCGACCAAAGAAAUUGUCGAAGCUGCCCGCGAGGCUGUGAUCGCUGAUCAAGAAGCUCUCAAGGUUCUGAAGGAAACCUUGAUUGAAUCUGAUCAAGACGAGAGCACCGAAAUAGGUGUGAGUAGUUCUGUUAAUACGCUCGGUUUAAACGUGCAAGUUGCAGAGAGCAGAAGGCAUAGCAGAGCAAGCAUGGAAUCCAGGAGAAGCGCGUCAAACACAAGACACAAUAUAGGUGUCAGGCGCGCAGGUCAAGCACCUGAUGGACUGGAGUGAAAUAACCAUCAAAAAUUUCGACCUCACUCAUAAUGCUACCGUUGGCUACGACGACGCUCCGCAGGACUAUGCAUUGGCAUGUAAAUAUCUUGAUAACGAACAAAAAAACUAAGCAUUUAC